AUGAAUGACCAACCAUGGGAAGGCUGUUCUGCAGUAAAGAACUUGAUACAAUCCAAAUAUCAUGGUGCACAAGAGAAAGCUGACAGUGUACGCCUACGAGAGAAAGCAGCAUCUUCCGACGCAGCAUUGAAUGCAGUCAACGAAAGUUUAGCUCUUCUCCUGAAUGGACAACAACGAAUUGGUUCACGAAUCGAUAGCUUGAAGAGAGAUCAGGAGAUAAGCAAGCAACAUCUCGAAGAUGCUCUAAAGAGUGUAAUUGACGAACUGAAAGCCGAGUUGGCUGGAAAAUCGCAGGAGCAGUCAGAGAAAUUGGAAAAGUUAAGAUUAAAGACUUUCACGGCUCCACAAUUACUGAAAAGGGCGCUCGACCAUCAUAAGCUGAAGACGGCGGACGAGUUAGCUGCUAAUAUACUAUCACCUGUUUGCGAGAAGGCGCAACUUCGCAACGUCUAG